AUGGCUUAUUACGACGACUCUGGGAAUGACGGGCAGCCAUUUGGGAGGGGCCAGGGCGGAAUUCAAGGACCUCGUCGACCCAGGCUUGUCACCGAUUAUGGUUCCUCAAUGGUACAAUGGAUGCGCCAUCGGCGACCGAAAUACAGGGGCGGCUAUCGGAUGGAGACAGAGAGACCGAGCGCCAGCUAUAUGGUGGAUAUGCUCCCUCCCAUGGCACGAGUGCACUCGCCGGUAAACACGAUCCCCGUACGGCACUUACACCAGUCUAUCGGAAAGUCGAAAAAGCCGAUCACGGUUGUCAGAUGGACUCCGGAGGGGAGGCGCUUGUUGACUGGUGGACAUACCGGAGAGUUUAUGCUAUGGAACGGCACGGCAUUCAAUUUCGAAACGGUUAUGGAUGCACAUUACGACCAAUUGCAAGCUGGAGUUACAUCGUUGGCGUGGUCGCAUAGCAACGACUGGUUGAUUUCUGGAGGACAAAAGGGUGACGUGAAAUAUUGGAGGCCGAAUUUCAACAACGUUGAGACGAUAGACGACGCACACCACGACGCUGUACGAGAUCUAGCUUGGUCACCGAGCGAUACGAAAUUCCUCUCGGCCUCCGACGACACGACCCUUAAGAUCUACGAUUUCACGACCAGAACAUGCGACAGCGUCCUGACAGGCCAUAACUGGGAUGUCAAAUCAUGCGACUGGCAUCCGACAAAGGGACUGCUUGUUUCCGGUUCGAAAGAUCAUCAAGUCAAAUUCUGGGACCCUCGCAGCACCCGCUGCUUGACGACACUUCACAGCCAUAAAAAUACCGUGACCGCUACUAGGUUUUCCCGGGUGAACAGCAACCUUCUUGCAACGUCGUCGCGCGACCAGACCGCACGAGUUUUUGAUCUCCGCAUGAUGCGGGACAUUUGCAUUCUCCGUGGUCACGAAAAACCGAUAUCUACGCUUACAUGGCACCCGGUUCACUGCUCUCUUAUCUCAACAGGAAGUGAAGAUGGGUCUUUAUAUCAUUACUUGCUUGACGAGCCCAACCUUCCUGCCGGCCAAGUCCCUACCGUCGCACCUUAUGAUAGUCCGGAUCCAGCAAAUACGCCGGCCCAGGUAAUCUACCCAGCUCAUCGGGUGCAGUAUGCCCACGGCGCGACAAUUUGGACUCUAGACUGGCAUCCUCUAGGUCACAUCCUUGCUUCGGGAUCGAAAGACAACUUCACCCGAUUCUGGUCUCGUGCUCGACCAGGAGAGAUAACCUACUUGAAGGAUAGGUUCCACAUUGGAGAGGAGGCUGCUGAAGCUCAAGGAACAUGGAACCGCAACUUUGGAAAACGACAAAUGCGCGAGGAAGAAGAACAGGAACUACAGGAUGAAGAAGAUAGUUUGGUCGAUCAAAGGACAUCCGCCGGUACAGGUCUUCCCGGCAUACAAAGUGCGCCUCAGCCGGAUGGGCUGGGUUCAUCUUUACUACCUGGCAUAGGCGGUGCCCAACCUCCUCCACCACCUGGAUUAGCUGCCUCUAUGGCCCAGCCUCCAGCAAAUGCUUUCCCUCCAAACCCUGUCUUCCCCGCCUUCCCCUUUGCGCCUCCCUUCUCCGGGGCUCCUCCAGCAUCGGGGACACCACCGAUGAAUGCGCCCAAUGUCGACCUCGCGGAGCUCCAAAAACAGCUUGCUGCGCAAGGAAUCUCACUCCCGCCAGGUUUCCCCCACCAUCUACCUCCAGUGUCAGCGCCGAUGGGGGGCGGGCUUCCUGGGUUGCAGGGCAUGUUCCCUCCUGAUAACAAUUAUGGCCGGUGA